UUACCGGGACUCUACCGGGACUCUAUUGGGACACUACCGGGACCGACUGCUGCUACCGGGACUCCUCCGUUAACGGGUUUUAACGGUUUGACUAAAACUCAGAGCCGCGAGGAGACGCGCUGCACGGUUUCCUUGGUAACGGAAGUGACAUCAUGGAGGCGUGUCCCGGCGGAGGCCAGUGGUUGGACGCUCACUACGACCCGGUGGCUUGCGUGAACACGUUCUCGUCCUGCGUGGCGCUAGCCGACCUGAGCGGAGACGGAGAGAACCGAUUGGUCGUCGGAGACGUGGGGGGGGUGGGGGGGAUGAAGCUGAAGGUGUUCGGGGGGACGGCGUUGCUAAGCGACAGCUCGCUGCUCGACCUCCCCGCCGGACUCGCCGCCUUCUUCAUGGAUCUACACGAACCCAGAAUCCCCGCCGUCGCCGUGGCGUCCGGACCCUCCGUCUACGUCUACAAGAACCUCAGACCCUACUUCAAGUUCACUCUGCCGGGGUCAGAGGUCAACGCCCUGGAGCAGGACGUGUGGCGGCAGGUGGGGGAGGGGCAUAUUGAUCAUGUGACCUUAAAGGAAAUGUUGGAGAGCAUCAGGAAGCAGGCCGACGUGCCGCUGUCCGUCCGCUCGCUGCACUUCCUGUCGCUGGACGCCACGGCAACCGACGACUUCGUCCAGCUGCACAAACAGCAGCCAAUCAGACGGCAGACGGUCAUCACCUGCAUCGCUACGCUGAAGAAGAGCACCGCCGACGAGGACGGAGUCAGCUGUUUGGUGAUCGGCACGGAGAGCAGCGACGUCUACAUCCUCGACCCCGAAGCCUUCAUCAUCCUGGCCAAGAUGUCUCUUCCUGAUGCUCCCUCCAUGAUGGAUGUGACGGGUCAGUUUGAUGUGGAGUUUCGUAUCACGGUGGCGUGCCGUAACGGGAACAUCUACAUCCUGCGCAGGGACUCGGACAAACCGAAGUACUGCAUCGAGCUGUCGGCCCAUCCGGUGGGUUUGGUGAGAGUCGGGAAGAACGUGGUGGUGGGCUGCACCGACGAGACCCUGCAGGCCUUCACUCAGAAGGGCAAGAAGCUUUGGUCGGUGGUCCUCCCGGCCCCCGUCACCACCAUGGCGUCCAUGGACCUGCCCACCAGGGGCUUCCAGGCGGUUCUGGUGGGUCUGGCUAACUGCGAGGUCCACCUGUACCGGGACAAGAACCUGCUGAGCACCAUGAAGACUCCGGACGCCGUCAGCAGCAUCUGCUUCGGCCGGUACGGGCGCGAGGACGGGACCCUCAUCAUGACCACCAAGAGCGGGGGCCUGAUAGUGAAGAUCCUGAAGAGGACCGCGGCGUUCGAGGACCGGGACGGCGCCCCGGGUCCGCCGCCGGCCCAGAGCGUCCGCCUCAAUGUGCCCAAGAAGACCAAGCUGUACGUGGACCAGACGCUGCGGGAGCGGGACUGCGGCGCCGCCAUGCACCGAGCCUUCCAGAUGGACCUGAGCCGCCUGCGCCUGGCCGCCACCAAGGCCUACGUGAAGGCUCUGGAGUCCAGCCUGACCCCCGUGUCCUCCAGCCUCACCGAGCCCCUCAAGAUGAACGCCGUGGUCCAGGGUCUGGGUCCGUCCUUCAAGCUCACCCUGAACGUGCAGAACACGGCGGCGUGCCGGCCGGUCAUGAACCUGGCCGUCAGCUUCCUGUACGACGAGAACCUGUACCGGAUGAGGACCCCCUACAUGAGGAUCCCGCUGCUGGUCCCAGGUCUGGUCUACCCCGUGGAGACCUUCGUGGAGUGCACCAGCGAUAAGGGGAUCUCUGACAUCAUCAAGGUCUUCGUCCUCCACGAAGGCCGGAGCGCCCCCCUUCUGACGGCCCACAUCAACAUGCCGGUCAGCGAGGGGGUCACGCUCAACUGAGAC